AUGACCUCCAUCUACAGCCCCGGGUCACCGAUUCUCCUCCCCAACGGCGCGCGCAUCUUCAACCGCCUGGUCGAUUUUCUCCGCCAGCAAUACGUCCGGUAUGGCUUCCAAGAAGUCAUCACCCCCACCAUCUACAAAAAGGCGCUCUGGGCGCAGUCCGGCCACCUCGAGAACUACGCAGAGGACAUGUACACCGUCACAAGCACCUCCCCGGCGCGCGCCGACACCGUCGGAGCAGGCGAAGAAGCCGAGUACGGCCUCAAGCCGAUGAACUGCCCGGGCCACUGCCUCAUCUUCGGAUCGCAAACCCGCAGCUACCGCGACCUCCCACUCCGCUAUGCCGAUUUCAGUCCGCUGCACCGGAACGAGAUCCAGGGCGCGUUGAGCGGGUUGACGCGCGUGCGCCGGUUCCAUCAGGACGACGGGCACAUCUUUUGCCGGCCGUCGCAGAUCCGCGAGGAGAUUGCGAAGACGCUGGACUUUGUCCGGCUUACCUAUAAGGUCCUCGGGCUGGGACCCUACCGGCUGGUGUUGUCGACCCGGCCGGACCAUUAUAUCGGCUCACCGGAGGACUGGGCGCAGGCGGAGGAAGCCCUGAAGACGGCUCUCACCGAGAGCGGGCAUGAGUACACCAUCAACGAGGGCGACGGGGCGUUUUACGGGCCCAAAAUAGACAUUAUCCUCAAGGACUCAGAUGGAAAAGAGCACCAAACAGCGACGGUCCAGCUCGACUUUCAGCUACCCAAGCGUUUCGACUUGUCAUAUGACGCGCCGGCGCCCGAGUACGAGAAGCGUGGUGAGACCACCACAGAUCCACAACUACUCGGCGAGUAUGGGCCGGUACAGCCGGUUCUCAUCCACCGCGCGGUGCUGGGAUCUGCCGAGCGGCUCAUGGCGCUGCUAAUCGAACAUUACAACGGCAAAUGGCCGUUCUGGCUGAACCCGCGCCAGGCCAUCGUCAUCACGGUGAACGGGACGGAACCCGUGGUGGGUUGGGCGCGGCAGGCAUACAAUCUCCUGCUUGGAGUGUCGUCAGACUCGGCUUCGGCGGCAGUCACAGAACCCACGGCGCCUACCGGUCUAGCGGUUGACUUUGAUGAUAGCGACCGGAGCGUGGGGUUGAGGGUGCGCGAGGCUGUGGCUAAGGGGUAUGGGGUGAUUGUUGUCGUGGGGCCGCAGGAUGCGGAGAACAAAACGGUGGGUGUUAAUGCUAUGGCUCUGGCUAAGCCGGGGGAUAGUGAGGCGGAGCUUAAGAGGCUUAAGAGGAUGGAUAUGACGCCUGAGGCGGCGCGGGAGUAUAUGCUGUCUUUGUUCCCGCAUAACUUCAACACCAUGGACAGUCUCACCAACCCCUCCGAACCCCCUCCCGAUUACAUCACCGCCGCCCGCGCCCACGGCAUCCCCCUCCGGCAAAGCGCGCCCAUCAAAAAAGGCCCCUUCCCCUUGGAACUCCCCAUCCUCACCUACCUACGCUCCAAACGCGUAAUCCUCGCCAGCGCCUCCCCACGCCGCAAAGCCCUCCUCGCCCAAAUUGGCCUCACCAACCUCGACAUCCGCCCCUCCACCGACCCCGAAGACCUCGACAAAGCCCAACACACCCCCGAAGAAUACGUCGCCGCCACUGCGCAGCGCAAGGCCCUGGCUGUCUACCAGGCGGCGCUAGCCCGCCAGGAGGAAGUCGCGGAGCACGAAAGCAAAAAGGACGUGCCCAACCCCAACCCGAACCCCCGCGACAAGGAGGACCCGGCGGUGGUGAUCGCCGCAGACACGGUGAUUGCGACACGGACCGGGCAGAUCCUGGAGAAGCCGCGGUCGGAGGCAGACCAUGUGCGGAUGCUGACGCAUUUGCGGGAUACGACGCAUCAUAGGGUGUUGACGGGGGUGUGUGUGCUGGCGCCGAAAGUGGAUGCGACGCACCCGGGGUAUGAGAUUGCGUCGCAUGUGGAGGAUACCAAGGUUUUUUUUGCGGCGGAGUCGGAGGGGUUGCCGGAUGAUGUUAUUCAGAGUUAUGUGAAGACGAGGGAGGGGGCGGAUAAGGCCGGGGGGUAUGCGUUGCAAGGGGUGGGCGGGUUGGUGUUGGUGGAUAGGGUGGAGGGGAGCGUGGAUAAUGUGAUUGGGUUGCCGGUGAGGAAGUGUUUGCAGUUGUGUGAGGAGGUGGUGUUUCAGCAGGGGGGGAAGGAGGAUGAGGAGGAGUAG